AUGGCUUGGAUUUGGGCCACAAUUGCACUAUUACUUCUUUCAAACUACCUCUUUCAAACAUGGCAAUUCAACAAGAAGAGCAAGGGCAAGAAAUUACCUCCUGGCCCAAAAGGGUUUCCUAUUAUUGGCAGCCUCAAUUUGCUAAAAGAGUUUCCUCAUAGAGAUCUUCAUCAAUUGUCUCAAAAAUAUGGUCCCAUAAUGCACAUGAAAUUGGGACUUGUAAACACAAUUGUUGUCUCUUCCCCAACAGCUGCUGAGCUUUUUCUCAAAACCCAUGACCUUAUUUUUGCAAGUAGGCCCCUCACUAUGGUCUCAAAAUUCCUGUCUUAUGGCCAAAAGAAUUUGGUUUUUGCUCAAUAUGGAUCUUAUUGGAGGAAUAUACGUAAAAUGUGUACGCUUGAAUUGCUUAGUAACCACAAGAUCAAUUCUUUCAAAUCCAUGAGAAAGGAAGAACUUGGAUUGUUGAUUGAGCAUCUCAAAGAGGCUGCAAAUGAUGGUGUUGCUAUUAAUCUUAGUUCUAAAGUCGUGUCACUCAGCACAGAUAUGACUUGUUUGAUGGUUUUUGGGAGGAAAUUUGGAGACGAAGAGUUGGAUGAUAGAGGUUUUAAGGCUAUGAUGCAAGAGGUGAUGCAAUUAAUCGCUGCUCCUAAUUUGGGAGAUUUUAUUCCUUUUAUUGCAAGACUUGAUCUCCAAGGGUUGACAUGUCGGAUGAAAAAUGUUAGCAAAGUGUUUGAUGGGUUCUUUGAGAGGAUUAUUGAUGAACAUCUUAACUCUAUGGGUGGAAAAAGAACCAAAGAUUUUUUAGAUGUCAUGUUGGAUCUAAUGGACUCUGUGGAUACUCAUGAGUAUCGAAUUGAUCGUUCCUGCGUCAAAGCAAUAAUAAUGGAUAUACUUGGUGCUGCAAUGGACACUUCAGCCACAGUAAUUGGAUGGGCACUUCCUGAGCUCAUAAGACAUCCACAAGCAAUGAAGAAAAUGCAAGAUGAAUUAGAAAAUGUGGUGGGGUUGGAUAGAAUAGUGCAAGAAUCAGAUUUAAUUCACUUGGAAUAUUUGGACAUGGUAAUUAAAGAGGUUCUUAGGCUGUAUCCACCAGUUCCAUUGUUAGUUCCACAUGAAUCUCUUGAAGAUUGCAUUGUUAAUGAUUUUUUCAUUCCAAAAAAAUCGCGUAUAAUAGUAAAUACAUGGACAAUUGGACGAAAUCCAAGUACUUGGAUUCAUCCAGAAAAGUUCUAUCCAGAGAGAUUUAUUGGUGGGAAAGUGGAUGUAAGAGGAAGAGAUUUUCAAUUAAUUCCAUUUGGAACUGGUCGAAGAGGGUGCCCUGGAUUACAAUUGGGUUUGACUGUGGUUCGUUUGGUGAUAGCUCAACUUGUACAUUGCUUUCAUUGGAAGCUCCCUAAGCGUAUGACAAUAGAUAAAUUAGACAUGACUGAAGAAUUUGGGUUGACUUGUCCUAGAGCUCAAGAUCUUAUUGUCACUCCUAUUUAUCGACUUCACAUUUGA